UUGUUCCCUGCUCUGCGAGGUGCUGGACCCCACCCGACCCUCCCCAGACAACAGUAGCUGAGCUCCUGAAGGUGAUCUCCUCCCCCAGGAGGUCGGAGCCGGCCACCAUGAAGGUGGCACUCUGCGCCCUCGUGUUCAUGGCCGCCCUCCACGCUGGAUCAACACUACGAUGUCACCAUUGUCCGGAGACUUCACCUUGUACUCCGAACCACACCCUGGCCUGCCUGGGCACCUGUGUCACCACCUGGCACUCUAGUACACCUGAUGACGUCAGUCGCUACUGUUCCCGGGAUCACCACCGCUCCGGGUGUUUCUAUACGGAACGGAACGACGGGUUGGAACACAUCUGCUACUGCAAUACACGGCUCUGCAACACUGCUUGCAAGGUCACCGUUCAUCUCGCUCUACCGGCAGUGUUGCUAGCUGGUCUGCUGCUGCUGCAACACUGGUCGCUCUACCGGCAGUGUUGCUAGCUGGUCUGCUGCUGCUGCAACACUGGUCGCUCUACCGGCAGUGUUGCUAGCUGGUCUGCUGCUGCUGCAACACUGGUCGCUCUACCGGCAGUGUUGCUAGCUGGUCUGCUGCUGCUGCAACACUGGUCGCUCUACCGGCAGUGUUGCUAGCUGGUCUGCUGCUGCUGCAACACUGGUCGCUCUACCGGCAGUGUUGCUAGCUGGUCUGCUGCUGCUGCAACACUGGUCGCUCUACCGGCAGUGUUGCUAGCUGGUCUGCUGCUGCUGCAACACUGGUCGCUCUACUGGCAGUGUUGCUAGCUGGUCUGCUGCUGCUGCAACACUGGUCGCUCUACCGGCAGUGUUGCUAGCUGGUCUGCUGCUGCUGCAACACUGGUCGCUCUACCGGCAGUGUUGCUAGCUGGUCUGCUGCUGCUGCAACACUGGUCGCUCUACCGGCAGUGUUGCUAGCUGGUCUGCUGCUGCUGCAACACUGGUCGCUCUACCGGCAAUGUUGCUAGCUGGUCUGCUGCUGCAACACUGGUCGCUCUACCGGCAGUGUUGCUAGCUGGUCUGCUGCUGCAACACAGGUUGCUCUACCGGCAGUGUUGCUAGCUGGUCUGCUGCUGCAACACAGGUUGCUCUACCGGCAUUGUUGCUAGCUGGACUGCUGCUGCAACACUGGUCGCUCUACCGGCAGUGUUGCUAACUGGACUGCUGCUGCAACACUGGUCGCUCUACCGGCAGUGUUGCUAGCUGGACUGCUGCUGCAACACAGGUUGCUCUACCGGCAUUGUUGCUAGCUGGACUGCUGCUGCAACACUGGUCGCUCUACCGGCAGUGUUGCUAGCUGGACUGCUGCUGCAACACUGGUCACUCUACCGGCAGUGUUGCCAGCUGGUCUGCUGCUGCAACACAGGUUGCUCUACCGGCAGUGUUGCUAGCUGGUCUGCUGCUGCAACACUGGUCGCUCUACCGGCAUUGUUGCCAGCUGGUCUGCUGCUGCAACACUCAUCGCUCUACCGGCAGUGUUGCUAGCUGGACUGCUGCUGCAACACUGGUCGCUCUACCGGCAGUGUUGCUAGCUGGACUGCUGCUGCAACACUGGUCGCUCUACCGGCAGUGUUGCUAGCUGGUCUGCUGCUGC